AUGGGUGUCUCUACUUUUAUGGACAAGAUUAAGCCUACCAAGGCGGAAUCUCAGUUCUCUUCCCAGGCUGCGACUCCUGCUCGUGCCGACUCAACCACCGCCGAGAAGGAUGCUCUGACCCUCGAUGACAGCCCCGUCAAGUAUCUCACAUGGCGCUCCUUCAUCCUCGGCCUGUGUGUCUCCAUGGGUGGUUUCAUCUUCGGAUACUCUACUGGUCAAAUCUCGGGUUUCACUACCAUGCCGGACUUCAAGAGACGCUUCGGCGAGUUAAACCACUCUUCCGGUGAAUAUGAGUUCAGUAACGUUCGCAACGGUCUCAUUGUCGGUCUGCUCUGUAUCGGUACUAUGAUUGGUGCCCUGGUGGCCGCCCCCAUCGCGGACCGCAUUGGCCGCAAGCUCUCCAUCUCCUUCUGGGCUCUGCUCCACAUCGUCGGUAUCGUGGUCCAGAUCGCCACCACUGACAAGUGGUACCAAAUCGCUCUCGGCCGUUGGGUUGCCGGUCUGGGUGUCGGUGCGCUCUCCAGCGUCGUCCCCAUGUACCAGUCUGAGUCUGCCCCCCGCCAGGUCCGUGGUGCCAUGGUCAGUGCUUUCCAGCUGUUCGUCGCCUUCGGUAUCUUCAUCUCCUACAUCGUCAACUACGGUACCUCCACCAUGGGUGACGACCCUGCCACAUGGCGCAUCACCAUGGGUAUCGGAUUUGCCUGGCCCCUGAUCCUCGGUGUCGGUACUCUGUUCCUUCCCGAGUCCCCCCGUUACGCCUACAGCCACGGACGCACUGAGGAGGCCCGUGACGUUAUGUGCAAGCUCUACGGUGUGCCCUCCAACCACCGCGUUGUCGCCCAGGAGAUGGCCGACAUGAAGAACAAGCUGGAGGAGGAGCUCGCCAACGGCAACGCUCCCUGGCAAGAGGUCUUCACCGGUCCUCGCAUGUUCUACCGUAUCAUGCUGGGUAUCGCCCUGCAGUCCCUGCAGCAGCUUACCGGUGCCAACUUCAUCUUCUACUACGGAACCUCCAUCUUCAACGGUAUCGGCCUCAGCAACUCCUACGUCACCUCCAUCAUUCUCGGUGCCGUCAACUUCGGUAUGACCCUCCCCGGUCUCUACAUCGUUGAGCACUUCGGUCGUCGCAAGUGUCUCAUGUACGGUGGCGCCUGGAUGUUCAUCUGCUUCCUGAUCUGGGCCUCUGUCGGUCACGAGAUCCUUCACUCCGACCCCUCCAACCACGCCGCCGGUAUUGUCAUGAUUCUCUUCACCUGUCUGUUCAUUGUCGGCUUCGCCACCACCUGGGGUCCUAUCGUCUGGGCUAUCUGUGGUGAGAUGUACCCCUUCAAGUACCGCGCUGUCUGCAUGGGUGUUGCCACUGCCGCCAACUGGACCUGGAACUUCCUCAUCUCCUUCUUCACCCCCUUCAUCAACAGCGACAUUGACUUCCGUUACGGUUACGUCUUCGCUGCCUGCUGUUUCCUGUCCGUCCUCGUUGUCUUCUUCUUCGUCAACGAGACCCAGGGUCGCACUCUCGAGGAGGUCGACACCAUGUACGUCCUCCACGUCAAGCCCUGGAAGUCCUCCAGCUGGGUUGCCCCCGAGGGUAUCGUUGCCGAUCUCCACGGCCCCAACCCCCUCGAUGGUCCCAAGCAGGGUGAGGCUGGCGCUGGUGAGCACCAGCACCACGACAACACUGCCGAGAUCCGCGAGGAGUAA